AGCUCUCAAUUGAGCAACUCCUUCACCACCCUCAUCAACAACUACAAAACCACCACCGGAGCAAGGAUCAAGUUGAUCGAUACUUUUUUAUUAUUUCUACUCCUUUCUGGGGUUUUACAGAUGGCAUAUAGGAUAGUUGUGACUAGUUAUCCUUAUAACGCUUUCUUAGGAGGAUUUGGAGCUAUAGCCGGUCAAUUCGUCCUCCUUGCUGGACUGAGAGUACAGGUGUCUCCGGGUAGGGAUACAGAGUUCAAGUUGGUUUCUCAGGAAAGAGCUUUUGCAGAUUUCUGCGCAGCUUCGGUGGUUUUACACGUCUUUGCUUACAACUUUUUAGGAUAG